GUUUCAUAUUUUUUUUCCAUUCAAUGUUGCACACCGAGCCAUCUUUCUGCAUUUAUGCAGAUGAAGACGGAUGUCUUCAAAAUGAGAAAGGGGAUUUAGAGACGAAAAGUUCAAAACAAUUGGACAGUAGUGGUGAAUUCUCUUUUGCAGAGAGAAGUAUGGGAUUGAUUGUGGAGGAUGAAGAAUCAAAUGGAUUUAAGAAUGAAGAGAUUCAACCACCGAGUCCUAAAAUGUAUCUUGCUACAGGGUUUGGAAUCAAUGGUAUAGGUGGCACUGAGUUUACACCAACCUUGUUGGAUGAGAGUGGUGAUAUCGAGUACUAUAAGAUGAUUAUUGAUCCAGAUCCUUACAAUCCUCUCGCCUUGAGGAAGUACGCCCAAUUUUUACAGUCCACGGGUGAUCUUAAUGGAGCUGAGGAUUACUUCUUGCGUGCUACACUUGAAGACCCUAAUGAUGGUCAAACUCUGAUACAGUAUGCUAAGUUUGUCUUGGAGGUUCAUGGUGAUCAGGAUAAAGCCUUGAGUUACUUUGAGAAAGCUGCUCUUGUUGCUCAUGGAGACUGUAAUAUUCUUGCAGCAUAUGCUAGCUUUCUGUGGGAAAUAGAUGAAGAGUGCGAGCAUGGUGGUGCUGUUUCUGUAGGUGCAGAGCCUGUGUUGUAGUUGCUGCGUACUAUGGUUCAAGACAAGUAGCUGUGGGCCCCAAGCUUGUGUUUUUGUACUAAUCGUUUCGAUGGGUACUUAUUGCUGUUGUAAUAUAAGAAAAAUUAUACUAUAAUUCAUAUGGGUCUAUAUUUAAUCAUUUCGUAACCAAAUACAUUCUCAAAUGUUGGAUUUUUUUCAGAGAUUUAUGUAAUCACUCGUGACAUCUAUUCUACUUAAAAACUGAACCAAGC